AUGAACCUUCCCCCCGGCCUCGGCGCCGCAUACUGGUCCACCUGGGAACUGCCAGCGGGUGCGAGCAUCGCCGAGUCUCUCGGGGACGGCGAGGCCUGGAUUGGUGGAUGGGACGGAGUGGGGUUGUAUGAGGGCAACAACAAGGUCCCCACGUACCAGACCUUCACGCUACAUAUCACAACGCACCGCGUCCUGCUCGUUCCCGAUACGCCGUCUCCGCCACCCCUCCAGUGCGCGCUGAGUCAUGUACGCGAGACGCAGUUCUAUGCGGGCUUCAUGCGCUCGAGCCCAAAGGUCAUCGUCACGCUCGGUCCCGCGCCUCCUCCACCCCCAGUAUCCUCUGGCUCGUCAACACCAGCACCCGCGCCAGUCCCAGAACCACAAGGUAACUGGACGUGCGGGGUGUGUGGUUUCGCGAACCCAUUAUUGCCGGGGACGGGCGUACCCCCCGGAGCCAAGUGCGCGCUCUGUGGUGUAGCGUACGCGACGAGCAAGAGUAUGAGCCUUCCACCGAGCCGCACAACGACACCCGGCCCUCGUCCCGCCUCAUCCGCAUCCCUCCCCCCUCCCUUGCCCGCUCCACCAGCCCCCGCAACAGCCACCGCAACAGCCCAGAUCGCAUGUACGGCUUGCACGUUCCUCAACCACCCUUCCCUCUCUGCUUGCGAGAUCUGCGGUACCCCACUUCCCAAGUCCAAGGACGGCGAGUUGAAGCGCAGCAUGAGCGCGCCCCGUUCCGAGACAGUACGCUUCAGCUUCCGGCGGGGCGGCGAGCGCGAGGCGUACCGCCGCCUCAAGGGGGUGCUGAGCGACCGCGUAUGGGAGCGCGUGGCUGGCGUCAAGACGGGUACGAUUGGGCGAGAGGAGAACCGGCUUGGGGGAAUCGACUCGAUCCUCAAGAGUAUCAGUCUCGAAGGACAGGCGAACGACGCGCACAUGCAGGAUGCGUUCCGCGACCUCGAGGUGCUUAUGGUCCGGGCAGGCGAGAUGGUACGCCUUGCGCAGAGUCUCAACUCAAAACUCACCGCGGUUGGGGGGAAAGACGACGCGGAGGCGACGCUCGUGCGUUCGUCGCUUGUGCGCCUCGGCCUGCCGGCACCUGCUCUGACGCAGGACAUGGUGCGCGACGAACGCGCCUACUUUGACGGCCUGGCACGCGAGCUCGGCGCGCUGCUCACUGGAAGCAAGGGCCAGGGGCUGAUGUUGCAGCCGGGGCAUGGGGUGAUUGCGCUUGACUCAGUGUGGGGCCAUUGGAUGAGGGCGCGCGGCGUUGCCCUCUUACCACCAGCGACGCUCAUGCACGUCCUCCCCAUGCUGGCGGCACACAGCCAGCCGCCGAUCCGACGGCUAGAUCUGCCCUCAGGCUUGACGGUGCUGUGCACGCCGAGCUAUGCGCCUGGCGUGCUCCUAGCACGGCUACUGGAACGCAUGGCGCCGGGUGAGGGGAGGGAGGAGAAGGGACGGCGGACAGAGGAGGAGGUCGAGAACGAGCACGGGCUCGGCAUCAUCGACAUCGCGGCCGCCGAGGGCUUGCCCAUCGGUCUCGCCACAGAGCUUGUCGACAUGGUCGCGGCCCAACCGAGCGGCAUGGGUAUCGUGCGCGAUGACCAGGCUGGACCAGGCGGGAGCAAGUGGUACCGCGACAUCAUCAGUGGGUGGCCCCUGGAGGGUGAGGGUUGA